CAGAGCGCAGUUAGGAAGAGUAACAGAGAGAGAAAGCGUGAGAGCGCUGCUUCAGUUUCCUGUGCAGAGGCUGAGAAGCAGUAACAGAGUUGAGCUCCUCACCUGUGACGUCUCCUCGCUCAUCUACCUGAUGAAACCCAGCAGGGACGACUAGAAGAACUCACAGAAGAAGCACAAAGAGGCUUGGAAAUCCCCGAAGGACUCCGCACAGGAGCAGAGGCCGCUGAGAGCGCGUGGAGACGUUAUGCUGCAGACCAUUUAUGAAUCUGACUCCAGCAUCAGUGCAGAGUGGAGGAGGAGACGCCUGGACUCUCACAGCACAGACAUCGCUACAGAUUCAGAGGUGUUGUCUGCGGUGGGCAGCACGUCUGGGGUCAGCAUGCUGGACAGGGACCGUGAUUCAGACGAAUGGGAGAAGCAGUUACAGCGCGAGCUGCUUCUGAUCCAGAGACAGCAGCAGAUCCAGAAACAGCUGCUCAUCUCCGAGUUCCAGAAACAGCAUCAGAACCUGCUGAGACAACAUCAGGCCCAGCUCGAGGAGCACAUCAAGCUCCAGCAGGCUCUGUUAACUCUCCGGCAGCAGCAGGAGGUGUUCGCUGAGGAGCGUCGGCUGGUGGCUGAGGAGGAGAGAGAGGAGGUGCAGGAGGACGAGAAGGAGCUUCACAGGAGGGAGACACAGAAACACCAGCACCACAGGAGGAAGGAGAGAUCUAAAGAGAGUGCAAUGGCGAGCACUGAAGUUCGUCAGAAGCUGCACGACUUUCUGAUGAGUAAAUCAGCUAAAGACCCGUCAGCGUCCGGCACCGGUUACCCUCUCAACCGCUCCAAACUGUGGUACAGCUCCGCCCACCCGGGUCCUGCAGAGCAGAGCUCGCCUCCUCUAGGAGAGACUCCGCCCACCUUCAAAUACCCUCUGACCUCCGGCCUGGACUACAGAGAGGACUUCCCUCUCAGGAAGACUGCGUCUGAGCCCAAUCUGAAGGUGCGGUCCAGACUCAAGCAGAAGGUUUCUGAGAGACGAAGCGGACCGAUACGCCGCAGAGACGGCAGCAUCCUCGUUACGCCGCUGAAAAAACGAACUCUCGAACUAACAGAUUCUUCAGCCAAUGAGAGCCCUGCAGAUUCUGGACCGAGCUCACCCAUUGGCUUGUGCAACAAUGAGAACGGCGCGUCAUACCGGUCCAGCACCACUCAAAUCGAGCGUUGUCUGUCUCAGAGGGGCGUCCUACAGACAGAGGGGUCCAUGUCCCUGUUGAAUCUCUACACAUCCCCCUCUCUGCCAAACCUCACGCUGGCUCUGCACCCUGCUCACGCACACAUCUGUACGGGAACGGCGCUGAAGGAUCGGAGCGCAGAAGGUCUCGCGGCCGCCGCGUCUCCCGUCUCGAUGGAGGCUAAAGUGAGCAACGGACAGCAGGCGCUCCUGCAACACCUCCUGCUGAAGGAGCAGAGACAGCAGAGGAUGAUGUCACCUGUCACAGGUAGUGUUCCUGCGCUGUCCUCGUCUCCUCUGGUGAUGAAGGAGCGUCCGUCUGUGAGUUCCCGCAGCAGGUUACCGCGGCACCGACCCCUGAACCGGACGCAGUCGGCGCCGCUGCCUCAGAGCACACUGGCUCAGCUCGUGCUGCAGCAACAGCACCACAGCUUCAUGGAGAAACACAAACAGCUUCAGCAGCACGUCCACAUCAGCCAGGUUCUGUCUCAGUCCAUCGAGCAGCUGAGGAACCCCAGCACCCAUCUGGAGGAGGAGGAGGAGGAGGAAGAGGGAGCAUCUGCGGAGAUCACGCCGCCCCCUGCUGGAGUCAUACGCACACACAGCGACCCCAAGGCCGCCCACACUAGAGUCAUCCGGCUGAAAACCGAGCCUGAGGACGGGCAGAGAGAGGAAGAGAGACGGGACGUGAGAGAGGAGGACAUGGGGAGAGAUACAGGUGAAGAACAGGACAAGAUUUCAGCACAGAUGAAGAGAAGCCGCGCCAAACACUGUCUGGAAAAUAUGACGGAAACUGAUGUUUGAAAAAGAGAAAGAAAUGAGCAAAGGAAGGACUGAAUCUCAUGAAACUUAAAAAAAAAUGCCCAAGUCACACACACACACACACACACAUACACACACACA